GUGAGACCGGCGUGAGCGCGCGCGCUGGUAAUACGAAACUUAGAAUAUCAUCCUGUUCUUCAUGCCAUGAUGAGCGGGACUGGGGCGCUUGACCCGAAUUGAUGUGUGUGCCACUAAGGUUGUAUGGAUACCAGGAUUAAAUCAACAGAAAGACACUGACAGAAGACACGGCUGCUCGCCAGGUGGCGGUGUAAUGAAGAUCCAUAAGAAGAUUCUAACCCAUUACCUGUCCUGCACUUCACCUGUAGUUAAGGAGGGAUACCUCUACAAAAAGAGAGAGAGGAACACCACAUACCUGCGCCGCUGGUUUGUGCUGAAGGGGAAUCUGCUGUUUUAUCAGGAGCGUCCGGGUGAUCGCAACCUGCUGGGUGUGAUUGUGCUGGAGGGCUGCAUGGUGCAGGCAUGUGAGACAGACGGUCAGUUCUGUUUCUCUCUGGUGUUCACUGGACCAGGCCUACGCACCUAUAGACUAGCUGCUGAUGACCAUCUCAGCCAGGAGAGCUGGAUCGCUGCUCUGUUCUGCGCUAGUCACAUCUACCUCUCCAUGAUAGUAAGAGACCUGGAGAGACGAUACAAAGAAGCCAAAAGAGACAAAGGCCUUUGUGUUUCCAUCCAGACCUCUGAAGUGACUUCUGCACCCAACACGAUAAUGGCUUCUUGGUACACAGGACAACCGUAUUUCAUACAAGGGACUUCCAUAGCGCCCAGAGAUGGGCGGAGCUACAGCACCAGUUCAAUAGCGCCUACAUAUGUGCCGAACAGGCCCAGCAACUACAGUCUUCAUGCCCCUCCAGCUCAGUUCAAAGCUACUAACAAGAGAUCUCCAAAGCUCUGGCCAAAGAGAAAUGCUCACGUCACACCUUUAAAUGGUCCGGCACCAUCUUAUAGUGAGUGGCCAAUGAUGGGCUUCGAUCCUUUGGAGGAAUUCAGCAAACUGCAUGAACACUAUGGAAAUGAGGUUAAGCAGCUAAGAGCUGAUUGGCUGAAGAAGAAGCGCAAGGAAACUGGAUACGUAGAGGAGGACCUCAUUGAUCUUGGCUAGAGUGAUCUCUGAUUUGAGCUUCUUGUCUAAAUAGUCGUUCCUGUAAACAGAUUAAUGAAUGUAUUAUGAAUGUGACCAUAUAAUAGCAUAAUGUUCAGGCAUUAGCACUGGUUUCUAAUUUUGGUGGCAUUUCUGAUAAAAGAUUUCUCAUU